AUGUAUUUCACUCGCUCAGUUAACUUACUACUAGCAACGGCGCUCGUUGCUGCACAGGAUGGAUUCUUAAAAAUGGGCUUCGAUGUGUUGAAGGGAGACUCGCUCCCAUCCGCAUUACAGGAUUACGCCCGUAGUCACCAUCAUAAACAUGGGCAUCACCACAGAAGAGAUGGAAGUGAGUUCUUAUCGUUGGAAUUGGCAAACGCUGAUAACUUUUAUGUUGCAAAAGUAUCUGUUGGAACUCCAGGACAGGAGAUCAGUGUGGUGUUAGAUACUGGCUCUUCAGAUCUUUGGAUUACAGCAUCGUCCAAUCCAAAGUGUAUUGCAAAUGGUGGAACCAUUGAUUGUGAAGAGUUCGGUUCAUUUGACUACACAGAAUCCUCAACAUUCAAAAAUGCUGGAACGGCGCUUGAUAUUACAUAUAUUGAUGGGACAAAUUCAAAAGGUUAUUGGGCAUCCGACAGCGUAGCAUUCGGUACAAGUUCAACAAUUCCAAACGUCACUUUUGGUGUUGCCAAUGUUACAGAUUCAUCUGCCGGUGUGUGUGGUCUUUCAUUCCCCAUUUUACAAAGAAACCCAACUCAAUAUGACAAUUUACCAAUUUUAUUGAAGAAACAAGGUGUCAUUCAAAGUGAGUCGUUCUCUUUAUACUUGACUUCCGAAACUGCAACAACUGGUAACAUAUUAUUUGGCGCGUAUGACAAUGCAAAGUUUGAAGGAACUUUAGAGGAAAUUCCAAUUCCUCAGGUUGCUACAUCAAAGGGUGCCAUGGUCUAUGCCUAUUUGUGGAUUCCAUUGGAUUCUGUAUCAUUGAAAAUUGGUAACACGACCACCUCAAGCACAACUUCCGUAAGCUCAACAAUUUCAAGUAUUGCUUCCUCAAGCACAUCUAGCUCCGUUGUGACAUCUUCCACGGCUCCUUCAAGCACAUUAAGUUCGAAUGUGGAACCUUCGUCAUCUUCGACACUUUCAAGUUCCACUUUCUCUUCUACUUCAAGUUUGUCUUCAACUUCAACAGCAUCAUCGAUUGCUGAAAUAAGCCUGGUAGUCUCAACUUCUUCCCUGUUGAUUUCAUCUAGUGGACCUUCAAGUUCCAGUAGUUCUGCUCCUAUUUCGUCAAGUGUCACUUCAUCGACUGUUACUUCUUCAAGUGCUGCUUCUUCAAGUGCUGCUUCUUCAAGUGCUGCUUCCUCAAGUGCUGCUUCUUCAAGUGCUGCUUCUUCAAGUGCUGCUUCUUCAAGUGCUGCUUCUUCAAGUGCUGCUUCUUCAAGUAUUGCUUCUUCAAGUGCUGCUUCUUCAAGUGCUGCUUCUUCAAGUGCUGCUUCUUCAAUUUCAAGCUCUAGUAGUUCUGUACUUACUUCGUCAAGCACUAUUCCAAGUUCGACUUCAUCGAUAUCAUCGGCCACCCCUACAUCAACGACUUCGUCAAGUACAGCUCCAAGCUCCAGUUCGGUUAUUACUUCGCCAAGCGCUACUCCAAGUUCCAGCACUAAACAACCCUCUUCGAGUACCCAAGCAUCACUGUCCUCAUUGAAAGCUUCUUCUAAUGAAGUUCAAAGUUCUAGUACUAAGCCAACAUCUUCUAGUUCACCUUUGUCACUGUCGAGCCCAAGCACUUCCUCUUCUAAGCCUAGUUCUACGGUCCAAUCAAGCUCAAGUAGUAAGCCUUCAUCUUCAAUUCCAAGCUCAACUUCAAAACCUUCCUCAACAGUUCAGGCUAGUUCGACAUUGAAGACAUCUUCAACCGUUAAGACUAGUUCAACUACAUCUUUUAAGAGCUCAACAAUCAUAUCUUCGACAACUACAAAGAAAACUUCAACAACCACCACAAAAGCAACUCCCACCCCAACUCCAACUCCAACUAAUAUUCCUCAAUCACCAGGAUGUGCUUCCUACGAUAUAUGGUGUAACAUUUGGUCGAAUGCAGGAUUUGCCAGUCAAAAGCCAACUUCAAUCAUUAACAACAUAGUGAAACAAAUUCAAUCACUGUUAGCUAGAAUACAACAAAGUUUCAGCAACUUGUUUGGCUUCAGCUUCAAAAGAAGGGAGUAUAAAGGAGCUUAUGAUGAUCUUGCCGAUGAUAAAAUUGACAAGAGAGAAAGUAGAAAAAUUUACGAAGAAGUCAAUGCCAAAAUUGUGAGAGAAGAAGUACAGAAGCGUGCAGAUAGUGAUAGUGAUACUAUUGAAGUCAGCUCUACGUCGUUCAUUUUGGAUUCUGGAACAACAUAUUCAUACUUGCCUGAUGCUCUUAAUAAGCAAAUUGCCUUAAAAUUGGACCCUAAUGCCACCUUACAAGGCUCCGGUAUGUAUAAAGUGGAUUGUUCCUUAAUGGUUGAUGAUAAUUACCUUGUUUUCACAUUCCAAUCCAAGGACAUCGAAGUUCCAUUGACACGUUUGAUUACACAGUCUGGACUGACUUGUUCCUUGGGUUUUGUUUCCUCAGCAACUCCGAUUUUUGGUGACAAUUUCUUAAGAUCGUGCUACACAUUGUUUAACUUGGAUGCAAAGACAAUUUCAAUUGCCCAAAUUAACUACACUGACGAUGAAGAUAUACAAGUUAUUCUGUAA